UACAUUUAUUGAGACAUGGUGCUGCCACUAUCACUUAUACAGACUGCCAUCGACCAUCCCAUGUUGAUCGAGCUUAAAAAUGGAGAAACGUACAAUGGUAACCUGGUGAAAUGUGACACGUGGAUGAACAUUUACCUUCGCGACGUCAUUUGCACUAGCAAAGAUGGCGAUCAGUUUUGGAAGAUACCAGAAUGUUUCAUCAGAGGAAACACAAUUAAAUACAUGAGAAUUCCAGACGAGGUUAUAGACCUUGUCAAAGACGAACCAAUCAGAAGGCACCAGAACUACCGGAGCGCCAGAGGCCGCGGUGGAGCCCGAGUGGGCAACAGACCACAACACGUCCCCAACAAGAAGAACAAGACCGGAGGAGGGCAGCCCGGAGGAGGGGGCCGCGGGGGGCUCGGGGGACCAAAGAAUAAGAAGCCUGACCAAUAGUGCGCGGUGUGGACGUGCUUCAAUAGUUGCCAUGGUUACAGGUGACUUCGCUCUUCAACAAAUGCUCCCGUUUGGCUUUCGUGCCAGUUAAAUAUGUACGGUAUCUGAACAAAACCGUGGGCUGAAGAACGCUGAUCGUAUCUUACCUCUCUUUUAUCCAUUGUACAAACACCAUUAGAUGGUGAAAGUUAACGAGAUUAUUUAUUUGAUCAUUGUUCCUACAAUGGUUUAACUUUAACGAGGUUUAGUUUCCAGGAGCAAGGAGGUGCUCCUGCGCUUGGAACUUUGUUUUUAUUUGUUCUUUAUAUUUCAUUGUUCAGAAUAUAUUUCUUCUCAUUUGACAAUAAAAGCCAAGUCUAAUUUCUGUACUUAUUUUAAAAGAAAGGAUCCAAGUUUCACUAAUU